UUCAAGAUCGUCUACGUCGCUCCCAUGAAGGCCCUUGUCCAAGAGAUGGUCGGAAACUUCACAGCCCGACUCAAGGUCUUCGGUAUCAAAGUCGGCGAGCUUACUGGCGACUCCCAAAUGACCAAACAGCAGAUUGCAGAGACCCAGAUCAUCGUUACCACUCCGGAGAAAUGGGAUGUCAUCACGAGGAAAAUGACCGACACUUCUUACACCAACCUCGUACGCCUCAUCAUCAUUGAUGAAAUCCAUCUCCUCCACGACGAGCGAGGACCUGUUUUGGAAAGUAUCAUCGCCCGGACUGUCAGAUGGGCGGAACAACGAUCUGAGUUCGUCCGCCUCCUUGGUCUUUCGGCUACAUUGCCCAAUUACGAGGACGUUGCGACCUUCCUUCGUGUUGAUGAGAAGAAGGGUCUCUUCUACUUUGACGCGUCAUAUAGGCCUUGCGGUCUUCAACAACAGUUCAUCGGGGUCACGGAAAAGAAAGCGAUCAAGCGUUACCAGAUCACCAAUGAAGUCUGCUACGAAAAGGUGCUCGACCAGGCGGGCAAGAACCAGACGCUCGUGUUCGUGCACUCUCGCAAAGAAACUGCGAAGACCGCCAGGUUCCUGAGAGACACAGCCAUCGAGAAGGAGACGAUCACCCAGUUCGUGAAGCCUGAUGGUGCCGUUCGAGAGAUCUUGACGGAGGAAGCUGGCAACGUGAAGGACAGCAACCUGAGAGAUCUCUUGCCAUUCGGCUUCGCCAUUCAUCACGCUGGAAUGUCAAGGGAGGACCGUGGACUCGUUGAAGAAUUGUUUGCGGACGGAUCUAUCCAGGUCCUAGUUUGCACGGCGACACUGGCUUGGGGCGUCAAUCUUCCUGCCCAUACCGUCAUUAUCAAGGGAACGCAGAUUUACAACCCAGAGAAGGGUCGCUGGGUGGAGCUCUCAUCCCAAGACGUCCUCCAGAUGCUUGGUCGCGCCGGUCGUCCGCAAUAUGACACCUUUGGAGAGGGCAUCAUCAUCACAAACCACUCCGAGAUGCAGUACUACCUCAGCCUGCUGAACCAGCAGCUGCCCAUCGAGUCCCAAUUUGUCUCGAAGCUGGCGGACAACCUCAACGCUGAGAUUGUGCUUGGGACCGUCCGGAAUCGUGAUGAAGCCGUUCAAUGGCUUGGUUACACUUACCUCUACAUUCGCAUGCUCAAGUCGCCGGCCCUGUACAGCGUAGGCGUCGACUACCAGGAGGAUGACGGUGCCCUAGUCCAGAAGCGCGCUGACAUAGCCCACUCCGCUGCUGUCCUUCUGGAGAAGUGUCAACUUAUCAAGUACGAGAGGUCGUCAGGUCGAUUCCAAAGUACAGAGCUCGGCCGAAUCGCUUCGUAUUACUAUGUGACGUACAACUCCAUGAUGGUCUACAACCAGCAUCUACGUUCGACGAUGUCAUCGCUUGAGUUAUUCAGGGUUUUUGCACUUUCAAACGAGUUUAAGUUUGUACCUGUUCGACAAGAGGAAAAGCUGGAGCUCGCAAAGCUACUCGAGAGGGUACCGAUUCCUGUGAAAGAAAGCGUCGAGGAGCCUGCGGCCAAAAUCAACGUACUCCUGCAAGCCUACAUCUCGCAACUCAAGCUCGAUGGGUUCGUCCUCGUCGCUGACAUGGUCUUUGUGCAGCAAUCUGCUGGGCGGUGUGUACUGAUCAACCGCGUCCCUCGACUUGUGCUAACUAUAUCGCCUAUAGUAUUUUGA